AUUGUCUUGACUAGUAUUGCUUUUCUUAACUGAUACGCCUUGCCUUCUUCGCAAACUGACAUGAACAUCAAAAAAGACAAGAUAUACUUCAUGUCCUCCUUGAACUUCUGUUCCUUAGCUUUUACCAUGUUGUUUUUAGUCUGCAUCCCAUGUUGUUCAUGCGCAGUUAGCCAGCAAUAGGCACGUAUAACACAAGGAAGGUUGACACAGUUUGAUUCAUAGCUGGUUCCUACUUCUCUUAGUCACUGUAGACGUUGAGUUUCUUGGUAAGAAAGAAAAUUUUUGAAGGUUUAUUAAUCAAGGGAGACUCGUGUGUUUUAGACAGAUUUAUGCUUAUUUGUCAGAGCUAACAGGGAGUAGCUAGAAGAAGUACCCUAAACCGGUGGCUGAUCACCCGGUGAUCAGUUUGGCCAUUGUGAGAUGUGAGAAAAACAGCAGUCUGUUUCUGCAAUAUCCGUUCGGAUCAAGGAGAUUUCAGAUGUCCCUUUGGUGGUUAGAAUGGAGGAUCUUCACAAGCUGUACUCAGAAGCCUUGCCGAACAUACCUAUUUCUGUAAUCAAAGGGACACCUGUAGACAAGAGAGUGGCACAUUUCUGCAAGGCGUUGACAUAUAUUAGAGAUUCAUGGAUGGUUAGAUUCAGAUAUGAUAAGACUGGUAAAAUCAAGAACACUGAUGGGGCACAACUUGUUGAUGUAGCGUUCGCAACGUUUGAUUACAUGAUUAAGGUAGCAAGAGAACUAUUUGACAUCCCGGAAGAUGAAGAGCUGGAAAACGAUUAUGGCUCAUUGGCUAGCACGUUAAAACAGUCCUCUUCUUAUCCCAGCAAGCUUGUUUCUCCUGCUGCAGCAACUGAUGCUUGUGCAAAAACUAGAGAGUCUGCAAAUAUUUCGGAGCCUCCAUCACGUCCCCAGUCUCUUAGAGACCAGGGUACUAAAAAAUAUAGCCACUUGAUGCAAAAGAACGAAAGUAUAGAGGCACAGAAGCCAAAUAGCAAAGUUCCCACAAGCAAAAACACAAAGGGUGUAGCUUCUAUUAUGGAUGAGAAUUCUAUCAAGACACUAGAUGAUAAACCUGGUCGAACAGGAAUUCCAAGGGCUCCUCCACCGCCAGCCAAUAUCUCCAAAGAAAUGGCGCAAUCGACACCACCACCAGUAAUGCCUUCAAAAGGAUCAGUACCAGAUGCAGUGACACUAAACAAGGGUCCUCCUCCUCCACCUCCACCACCACCAGCAAUGUCUUUGAAAGGAUCGGCACCAAAUGGCAUGCCGCCCAAAAAUGUUCCUGCCCCAUCUCCAUUACCAGCUAUGCCUUCGAAAGGAUCAGCACCAAAUUCCUUGCCACUAAAAAAGGGCCCUCCACCUCCUCCACCGCCUUUAGUGCCUUCGAAAGGGUCAAUACCAAAUGCAAUGCCACUCAGAAAGGGUCCUCCUCCUCCACCUCCUCCACCAGUAAUGCCUUCAAAAGGAUCAACACCAAAUGGCAUGCCGCUCGACAAUGUCCCUGCCCCACCUCCACCACCAAUGACGCCUUCGAAAGGAUCAGCACCAAACACCAUGCUGCUCAAAAAGGGGCCUCAACCUCCUCCACCGCCCCAAUUUGGUGCUGGUAAGUCCCUGUUUCAGACAAGACCCACUACCAAACUAAAGAGAUCCACCCAGAUGCCGAACCUGUUUCGUGAUCUCAGGAGCAAGAUGGAAGGAUCUAGUCUAACUGUUAAGACAACUAAUGUAAGAAAGGUGCAUCUUGGAGGUUCUAAGGGUGGCAAGGAAGGAUUGGCUGCUUCACUAGCAGAAAUGACAAAAAGAUCAACGUACUUCCAGCAAGUUGAAGAAGAUAUUAAGAAAUAUUCAAAAUCCAUCAUAGAGUUGAAGGCAGACAUCAAUUCUUUUCAGACAAAGGACAUGAUAAAGCUGCUCAAGUUUCAAAGCAAUGUAGAAUCCACUCUUCAAUUCCUAACUGAUGAAUCACAGGUGCUUGCCAAGUUUGAAGGUUUUCCCUCAAAGAAGUUGGAAACAUUACGAACAGCAGCUGCACUGUACUCAAAAUUCGACACGAUAGUCACUACCUUGAAGAACUGGGAGGUAGUAACUCCCUUGGGACAGCUUUUGGACAAGAUUGAGAAAUAUUUGAGUAAGAUCAAAUUAGAGCUGGAUGCAUUUGAACGAAGCAAGGACGAAGAAUCCAAAAAAUUUAAGAGACAUAACAUUGAUUUUGAAUUCCACAUAGUCACCAAGAUUAGAGAAUCAAUGGUGAAUCUUUCUUCCAACUGCAUGGAGCUAGCACUCAAGGAGAGGAGAGAAUCAAAAACAGCAGUUGAAAAUCAAGAAACUAUGGCUAAACCUGAUCAGAAAACUAAAGAAAGCGUUAAAAUGCUCUGGAGAGUUUUUCAGUUAGCAUUUCGAGUCUACAGUUUCGCUGGCGGACAAGAUGAUCGUGCUGAAACGUUGGCCAAAGAAUUGGCAGAUGAAAUCUUAAUUGAUUCACCAAACCAAUAAUGUUCCUUGAGAGAAAUCUACAGAAAUGUGUAUGAAAAACUACCAUUUUGGUGGCUAAAUUAUUAGUUUUUGUGUGGUCAAAACAACAUAAAAAAUUGCAAUCUUUAAGGAAGAAAACAGGUUUUAAUUUUCCGCAGAAUAGCAUGAAC